CUGGGGUGGAGUCACAAUGUGGCAAUGACGAUGACGAUGACGAUGACGAACGCAUCAGUUUUGCAUUGCAGUUUGCAAGAGGUUUGCUAACUGGGAUUAGGCACGCCAUCGCUCGAUAUACUCGUUCAACACAGCGCCGGGCAAUGCGUUAAGCCAAAAUGACGUAAGCUUCCCAUGAAUAUGUCAACAGCUCAACCGAAACUUGGCCAGCGUGUACAAGUGUCGGGUAAGAACGUACUUUGUGGUCGAGUCGCCUAUGUGGGACGCACCACUUUUGCUGGCGGUCAGUGGUUUGGCGUUGUGCUCGAUGAGCCGAGGGGCAAAAACAAUGGCACCCUUAAUGGCAGCACCUACUUUAAAUGUGCACCCAACUGUGGCCUCUUCGUGCGUGCCCAGCAGUUGCAAUUGCUAGAGCAGAAAAACAGAAAACAGGAUAACAAUCGGACCGAGGACAAUAUGCAGCGGAAUGUGAGUAAAGUCCAGCUGGCCGGCAGCAGGAGCAGAAGCAGCAGGCAUCCAACAGAUGACCAGGAAAUUCAAAGGGAGGCAACAACCUCAGCAGGUCGAACCUUAAGAAAAGUGCCAGAGAAGGCAACCUUUGCACUAACUACUUCCAAGACAUGGGUGACUUCCACUCAGCCACAUGCACAGAUCCAGUCUCAGGCUCAGGCUCAACUGAUACAAAGGAGAGUACAGGAACUGGAGACUCAUCAGGAGUCAAUGCUGACAGUCUCAGAGGCUGACAUUCCAUUGCCAACGGAUGGAGAAACAGCUGUUAUCCAAUCAAAGACUACGUCUAGCAAAUCGGCACCAAUUGCUUCUGAGGAAAGAACAGAAACUAAUGUUUGCACAAGUCAGAUGGAACCGCAAGAGCAACCAAAUACUGCUGCUUCCACACAACUGGCUGCCAAGUCAGAGCCACCUGGCGAGGUUAGACAGUCGUCUACAUUGACGGCGCCACCUUUGACCUGCAAUCAACGUCGUUCCACAUCCUACACACAGCUGCGACCGACGCGUAUUAGUCAGCCCAAGCCAACAACAGCCCAGGCACAAAGUUCAACUGCUCAGCUGACCCUGGCCAUGCCAGUACCCAUGGCAUUGGCUCCCAAGCGGAGCAAGACGAGCAUGAGCCCCACCAGCAGCGUGAAGCGAGUGGCACCGGCUGCCUUUGUUGAGGCCGGAUUUUUGGAGAUACUGCGUCCACAGUUUACGCCGGGUCCGGCGCUGCGCACGCCCAGCACAGUGGCGCCACCUGUGGACAAUCCGGAGCAGCGGCAACUACGCGAGGAAUUGCAAUUGCUACGCGUGCAAAAGAGUGAGGAUAAGUUGAAACUGCUGGAACUGGAGCGCAUCAAGAUCCACAACGAACAGCUGUUGGAAUUUAAGACUCAGAUUAUGACACAGCAGGUGCUGCUGCAGCGGGAAUUACAGCGCUGUCGCCAUGAGCAGCGUGAGGCACAGGAAACCGCCUCGAAAUAUAAAAGGGAACUCGACGAUGUCGCUGAGAGCAUUGAGCUCCUAACGCUGGACAAGGAAAUGGCUGAGGAGCGACUGGAAACACUGCAAAUGGAGAUGGAAAUGGCACAGGAGCGCAACGAUGAGCUCAGCCUGGAUCUGGAGAUCCUGCGGGCCGAACAGGAGGAGCAAGGCGUUGGUCAGCACCUGGAGAAACGCGAGAAACAGUCGACAAAUGAAUCGACUCUGCAGUCAACGGGCGAGUACCUCCGUUUGGAGCAGUACAACCAUCGAUUGCGGGAAACCGUGGUCAGAUUGCGGGACACUUUGGCCCAUGAGAAGCAGUUGGCACAGCGCACACACAAGGAGCUGGAAACGAAGCACUCGGAGAUCAAUGAGCUGAAAAGCAUUAAGGAAUUGCAGAGUCGCCGUGUGGAUCACAUGGAGAUGCAGUUGAUGGAUCUUAAGGAGCAGGUGGAUGCCUCACUGGGUGCCGAGUCGAUGGUCACUCAGCUGGCCACACUUAAACUGGAGCUGGAGGAGCGUGUGAAGCUUCUGGAAGAUGAGGUCAAUGAACUCGAAGCACUUGAACAAAUCCAGGAGCAGCUCAUUGAAAGCAAUCAGGAACUGGAAUCCGAUUUACGUGAUGAAAUCGACAAGCUAAGCGGUCAAGUCAAAUCUCUGGAGCAGCAAAAGAACGCUGCUCUGGAAAGUCUUUAUGAUCGGGAUGUGACUAUAUUAAAGUUUAGGGAUCUGGUGCGUCAGCUCCAGGAGCAGCUGCAGCUGAAAACAGAUGGCGGCACUCUCUCCAUCGAGGACUUUAGCAGUGCCAACGAAUCGCAACAGGAGGAAACAUCCCAACAGAGCCAAGCCGACUACCAGCACAUCUUCAGCGUCAGCAAGGCCUAUGGACGUGCUCUGGAGCAACAGCUGAAGGCUGUGGAGAUGCGUCUGCAGGGACAGCACUUGGAGCACGUCCUGGCCUUUGUGCCGGAACAGUUCCUGCUCCGUGGAGGUGAACACGAUGUGGUGCUUGUUAUGCUCCUGCUGGAACGCAUGAACGACAAACUCGAGAUUGUUUGCCAGGCGAUCAAUGAGAAGUUCCCAAAUGCCUGUGAAUUCGGUCGCGAUGCCAUCUUCGAGGGAUACUCCGUGCAGCGGUACAUCUUCCGGGCGCAGUGCAUCUAUUUGUUGAAGAGUCUUCAGUUGGUGCUGCAACAAUUUCGCUAUGGACUCAAUCAUUGUGACUAUGAGCUCUGCACCCAUGCAGCCAUCUAUCGCAGUGAUCUGGAGUCACAGGAGCAGCAGCUGGAUGAGUUUGUGCGCCUGCUGAAGACGAAUCAGCUGGACGAGCACACCAACUGUGAGCCCAUUCGCCGUGUGCUGCACUACAUCAAUGGUCUGCAUCAGAACCUGAUGCCGCCACAGACGCUUGUGGAGCUGCUGGAUGAGCAGCAGUUGUAUGGCGCACUGAUUGAGGUCUACGAGGCGGGCAUGGAUGCGGUGAAUGCCAAUGCGGGAUUGCUGCACACCAUAAUCCAGCUGGGGGACGAGCAGACUGCAUCGUUUCAGUGCAUGCAGCUGCUCAUGGAACACAGCUGUGCUCUCAAGCAGAAGCUAAAGAAACUGCAGCGAAAGCUGAGCGGCAACAAGACCAACGCCGCCUGGACAGGAAUGCAGUGUGCCCGCUACCAACGCAUCCUGGAGGCGAAUGAGGCGCUGGGAGCGCUCAUCAACAUGCUGGGCAUAUCCGCUCGAGAGGCCAGCAAGGAGUCGAAUGGCGGCAUUGCUCACGAGAAACUCUGGCGAAUUCUCUGCCUGAACUACACCAAAUAUGCUCCCAGUCAGGAGACGGAACAGCGUGAGCUGGAUGUGUACAGUCAGCGCUGUAUGCAGUUGCUCGAGGAGCAGCUGGAGGAGCUCUUCACGCUGCUGGAGCCAAGGGAUGUCAACACGGAGUACGUGCGACAUGCCACCUGCAACACGUUGCAACAACGCGCCGCUCAAGUCAAGCGUCACUACGAAGAUGUCAAGAGCUUGGAGCUGACAGUCGCCGAUCGCGACAAGGAAAUCAAGAGUCUCAAAUACACGGCCAAGUUGAAGCAACAGGAUUACUCAGAGCUGCAGGUGCGAAAGGAGAUGGCCGAGAAGCAGUUGCACAGAUUCAUACAGGAUCAUUGCCAAACGCUCACCCAAAUGGCCGUGGGAGUGGAGCAGCUGGAGCAAAGUCUCCUCUCCAAGGAGGCGGCUCUGCAGCAUGCCCUCGGCACAUUAACCGACAAGUUGAACAACCUGGAGCAGGCCCAGCAGCACUGGCAGCAGCAGCAACAGGAGGACAGCGCCUGUGUAACCAGCUCCACUCGCAGUUCCAAUCGCGAAUUGAACCUGAUGCAUCAGGCGUUGCGGCAGGAACGCAAACUCCGUGUACAACUGCAGGGCACGGAACUCUGCAGAAGCUUUGCCGCUCUCGAGCCGCUCCAUGUGCCGCAGCUGGAGUCCAGCAGUCAGUUGAGCUCGCUGGAAGCCCAGCUGCGUUGCCUCAAGAACCAAUGGCUUCUCGCUCAUCUCGAGCUGGGACCCAGCGCCCAUCAACGACGUUCGCACAUCGAACUGCAGGGUAGCCGCCUCUUGCGACAUAUCUUCCAAACAUAUUGCACACGGCAUCCGCAUCGGGCAGCGCCCUCAGACUUUGGUCUCUUCAUCAGCGGAGAUCUACGGCGCGCAUUUUAGGCCAAGUUUAUAGUAUUAGACUCAAAUUGACGACAAAUUUGGACGACGAACCGAACAAAGGUAUAUGUGAUUUGCUGCUUAACUUAUUAUUAUUAUUAUUUUAAGUAUUAUGGUUAAUAUUCUUAUAUUACACUUUUCAUUUUGCGUGUUAUUCAACAAUUAUAUAAAUUUGCAGUUCAUACAAUAAAUAUAUAGCUAAA